AUGGGGAGUCGGAGGAAGUCGAUUCUAGGUCGCCCGCAGUCAUGGGUGUCGACGUCGAAAAACGCACCCGAAAUCCGGCAGCCUACGGAGGAGGAGCCAGCCAGACUCGACGACAUAGAGAAUGACAAAAAGGAAGCCGACGGUUCUGGCCUGUUGCAGCCACCAGAGAGGACUAGUUCAUUCGCAUCUCUUACAAGACGCUCAUGGAUGUCCACAUCGCGAACCCCGUCGCCUUCCGCGAAUGCACCAGAGGCUGCAGACUACCUUUCCCAUGAAACCCGCGAGCGCUCUUCGAGUGUCUCCUCCGCCAAACUGAAGAAGUUUUCUCGCAAACGCCCCAUGUCAACCAUCGAAAGCGACGGCAACAAGUCCUCCGAAUCGCUCGGAAAACUCAGCACGUUUGUGGGAAAGAUGAAGCACCGCCCUCAAAGCGGCCUCUUCAAAGGCGCAACGCCCGACGAUGCAGAUAGUGCCGCAUCUUCAGUCGCUAGCAUCGCUCCAGCAUCAACUUCUACCAGGCCUUCGAACGCAGCUUCCGACAAUACCGUCCCUUCGGUUACCGACGAUGUCGCACAACCAUACGCAUCACCGCAAGCUCGCGAUCCGCUCUGGACCGUCUUCAAGAGCCUGGACUCGGAGCACGCCAAGUUUCAGGCGAGGAAGCCCGCUGAAAGAAUGAAGCAAGUCCGGAUUGUGCUGAUACCUUUCUUGCGGAGCUAUGCUUCUCAUCCGUCCAACAAGAAGCUUGGCGCAGAGCAUGUCGAGCAGAGAGCGAACAUCCUCAACAAAUGGUGGACCGGAUUGCUAGAUUUGCUCGAUGGACCCGCGCAAUCAUCCUUGCCUGGAGCAGAUCGGCCGUUACUACACGAGGUAACGUCACUACUCAUGAUGCGACCGGAAUGGCGCAUGAAUACAGCAGUUUUUCGACCUCUGGCAGAUCGGGAUCUUCAGGAGCGGGUGAGCAGGAAAGGGCGAGCACGAUCCGAGACCUCGAACGAUUCGGGAAGUCCGACAGACUCUGACUUCAUAAGAGAGUCGGCAGAACACAACGUCAGAACCAUGUUUACGACGAACUUAGUGCGCCAGAUGGCAUUCGUGGUGGAAAAGAUGGCGCAACGACACAUGCCUUUGAGUUUGGUGAACUUUGCUGGCAAAGCUUGCGCAUAUGCAUUUUUCUUCGUACCGGGAAUUGGUGAAGUUUUGGUGAGACUGUGGGCUCUGACAGCUAGCUUGAUCCGUCGGGUGGCUGAUGAGUUUCGAUUGCCCCGGCGCAGCAAAGGCGAGAGCGAUGACAUUGUUGCUCUUUUCCCGCCCAAUAUGGGCGAUCUUGGCUGGACUGCUGUCAAGCACAUGACGAGUACCUUGAGGCUGCCUACGAAGCUCCCUCUGGCUGCCGCAAAAAUUGGAUGGCACGGUCCCUGGCUUUCGAGAUGGCGAGGUCGAGACACUGAUCUGUUCUUCAUCUUCUGCAAGUACUACUUCAUUCUGGCAGAGGAAUUUGUACCUUCAGAGCUCCCAUUAGUUGAGAAGGGUCGGGCUCCAGCAUUCGUACUGGUCAACGCCCAAAUUCUGUCGACGUUGGACUCGACGGUGCAUCGCCAGGCAGCCUUCAACGCCGUGGCGUACCCAGCCGCAGAUGGAAUCGAUGCCAGUGCCACAGCUUUACCCUUCGCACCGAACAACAACGUCAUGAAAGGCAUGGCCGAAAACCGCUUGAUUGUUCUGCUUAAAGAUUUUCUAUCUGCAAGCUCAGUUGCCUUCAUGCCCGCGCGGCAUACCUUCGCGGAAGCAUUUAUGGCGUUGAUGAAAGCAGCCGUGAAACGAACCUUGCAAUUUGACCAGCAGGCAUGCUUCACACUUUGCGACUUCCUGGAAGAAUCACUUGUCGCUUAUGACGGGUAUGUCGAUGUUGAAAGGCCCACUCUGGAGUACAUCGAUUGGCCAUUUUGGUUCGACGUUUUCAAGAAGAUCAUGGAUACCAGUAACGCUGGGUCUGAAAUUAGAGUCUUGUCGCUGAUCUUUUCAAUUUGGGAUACGAUCGCUAGCAAUCAGAGCCGAAAAGAGUCCAUCUGCUUGGGCUGGCUGUUGAAAGAAGACGUUUUCUAUCAAUGGUUCAACAACUGGUGCCCUAUGGUCAGAGCAUACUACAUGCGUCUCCUCUGCUGGCGGAUCUGUCGAGACGCCGGCAGUGCAAAUGAAUUGGAUGCCAAGAUUUUUGUGACCGUUAAUAAUCGGUUGAAGAACGUUUGGUCCCAUUAUCUGUGGCAGAAGCAUGAGGCUGAGCUGCAAAGAAAGCUCCCGCCGUGUACAGCUCCAUCAUGGCCCACCCCUGGGAAACGUUUCAUGAUCAUUCGUACAGAGGUUCCUGCUACCCAAGGCGGACUCAUGAUGGGCUUCGAUACAUUUUCGACACCCAUGGGCCCUCUCGAGCCCACCGUAACACCAGCCAGUCCCAGAGGCUCUGCAGAAAUGCAACUCACCGAGCCUGCCGCGUACAAGAAGAAAUGGAACCUUUUUGGCAAGGUGCUUUCAUUUGGCAACCCCAGUGGCAUGCAAGACCUCGAAGCCAUGAGGCGGGAGACGGCUGCCUCUCGCAAGCCUGUACCUCCCCCGAAGUCUAGCAGUACACCUACACCCCCAGCAUCCGACUCAGAUAGCCUUGGCUCUUCACCAACGUAUGAAGCACUUCAAUAUGUCUUCCGCUUCACCCUCCAGUGGAACAAUGCUGGAACUAUGGCGCCCCCAGCUAGGAUCUUGAUACGACCUCGACUUCCGGCACCAGCUCAAUCCUGGGUAAGCGCCAAGAUGAGGAACACUGACGGUACCCCCGCUCCACCAGCGGCUGGCAGACCGGCCGCCACGAGAGCGGUGUCGGGCAGCGCAAGCAAGGGACUCAUUGAAGCUGCUAAGAACGCGGAUCCCGAGGCAGUGUCGCCUACAACACAGACUGCGCCUAGGAUAUCGCUCAAUUUCGAUACUCACGAUAACUUUAAUUCACUUGGUCCUGUCGAGACUAGAGUUAGUGACGAGCAAGUCCGUGCUCCGGCUCCUAUGGCGCCCAACGCAGAGCCCGUCGUCUUGCCUGUGAAACCCACGGGUUUCUACACACAAUCGUCGACCUACGCAGGACGCGCUCUUGCUGAAUGGGGCUUAGUAGUUGCUGAGUGCAACAACUUCGUCGAUAGGCGACGUGAAGAAGGUGUGCUUGGCCUCAGCGAGAUUGAAGUCCCGUCCCUAGGUGUCGAAGGGUUCCGAAAGAUAGGCUAG